AUGUCAGUCUAUUUGAGAUUAUUAUCCCUACUAUUAUGUGGAUUAAUUGUAAUCAGUUCUCCUGUAUAUUAUGUACCGUAUGAAAUGUGGGUUCCUUAUUAUUAUCAUCCUGAAGAUUUAAAUUUAAUGGAUGCUAGUGAAGCAAAAGACUCAUUAACAGAAGAAAAAUCAGCAUUACCCGCAGAUCUUAGUGAUCAAAGUUAUCGUAAAGGUGGUUUAGACAUGGAUGAUGAAUAUGACAUUCCACAAUUAAACAAUUUAGCUGUAGAACAGGAAAAAGGAGAGGAUGAAAAACAAGAAACAGAUGAAAAUGGAUUUGAGAACAAUCAAGAUAAUCAAUCAGAUGAUGUUUUAACGCACUACGAUGAUGAUGAACGACAUGAAAAUGGGACAGACGAUAAUAACAAUCAAUCAAGAAAUAGAAUAAUAGCUCCUGUUCGAUUUCAUACGACAGGGUAUUCAAAGGCUAGACUUCUUUAUGGACAACUACCAGCAGUUUCUUUACCAAUAGCGCUACCAGCUCAAACACAGGUUCCUGUUUCAUUGCCUAUGUCACAACAAGUGUUGACAAGUCCAUACAGUGCUGCAAGCUUAGGCACUCAUGUGUAUUUGCCUACCCAAGCAGUACACGCUCAAAUUCCUAUAAUGGUUCCUCAAACUGUUGUUCCACAUACUAAUCAGUAUAGAAUUCAGGUUCCAGCAAUCGUUCAACCUCAGCAGCCUGCAAUUAUUUUACCACAACAGCCUACAAUAAUUCAACCACAAAUACCUACAAUGACUCAACCCCAGAUGCCUACAAUCGUCCAACCUCAAUCACCGCCCGAAAGUACACCAACUGGAAGAGGAGAAUUCCCUCCAAUGCCUCCUCAACAACCAUUCCCUCCAAUGCCUCCUCAACAACCAUUCCCUUCACCACCAAGUGUUCCAUUUCCAGGUUCAACACAGCAACAAAAUAACCAAAUAUUUCCAGGACAGCAACAACAGCAACAACAACAACAACAAAACCAACAGCCACCUGUAUUUCAACAAACACAAAUAGUUCAGCAACCCCAACCCCAACAGCAACAGCAACAGCAGCAGCAACAACAACAAACACAGCCAUCAGUAUUCCCAACACCAACAGCAGUGCCACAACAACCGACACCUACAUUGCCACAAAAUACGCUUAUUACAGUCAGACACGUUGUUAUGACACCAAAAAUACAAGUGCUUGUCAAAAAGCCGAGAACCAAAACCAGGUAUAUAGUGAAACGAUAUUUCUAG